AUGAAGGGUGGGCUGUGCAUAAUUUACACGUCGUUGUUGACAAUUUCGGUGCUAUCUAGUUGUGCCCUAUUCCUAUUGGUAGUUUCCGAAGCCCUUCAAAUUGAAAACGUAGACCAAAAGGUUGAUUUAUCAGGACUCCAUAAUGUUAGUAAAAAAACGAAUGUUAUUGCAUCAUCUGAAUCUGACCAGUCUUCUGACACCACACAGAACUUGCAUGAGCCAGAAAAUCAAGGGACAGGAGAAGAUGACAAAAAGAUGAUUUUUCCGGAUACUGUGUCAGUGAACUCGGUGACAACUGAUGGGCGUGUUGUUACUAUUGAGUUUUUUGUUAGUACAAAACAUGUUAACCAUCGGCCGUGA